ACCUGGCGUGUGACCCGACGAUUCUUUGCCCGCUCCCUGUACCAUACCGCUCUCUACCCAUCCAUCCAUCCAUCCAUCCAUCCAUCUCAUCGGGGUCACCCGACCUCAUCACAUCUGGCUCUCCCUGGUUGGAGCCCCUGGCGAACACCCCUACCACUGACAGGUGUGCUCAGUAGUGGCGACCUGGUCUCGGGGUACUCCAAGUCCAUCCCCACCAUCAGGGGCUCUGGUGAACAAGUACCCUGGGGCUUAGACUCCGCGCUCUGGGCACGCCUGACCAGUGGAGUGCUAGUGGUGCCGCUAGGC